CCUCCCGUGGGUGCCGGGCUGGGGCCCCUGGGACGCCGAGGAGAUCCUGUCCGACCUGGGCUUCGUGGGCAGCGACCCGGGGGGCGCCUCGCGUGUCCCCCCACGCUUCUUCUCCGCCCCCUCCCGCGCCCACGGCAUCGACUUCCAGCUCUUCCUGCGCUCCCAAGAGCGGCGUCUGGAGAUGGAGGAUCCCGGCCUGCUGCUGGCCGGUGCGUCACGCGAGGAAGAGGAGGGCGAGAAACCCAAGAGGAGAGGCCCCAAGAAGAAGAAGAUGACCAAGGCCAGGCUGGAGCGGUUCAGGGCGCGCAGGGUCAAGGCCAACGCCCGGGAGCGCACCAGGAUGCACGGCCUGAACGACGCCCUGGACAACCUGCGCAGGGUCAUGCCCUGCUACUCCAAAACCCAGAAACUGUCCAAGAUCGAGACGCUGCGGCUCGCCAGGAACUACAUCUGGGCCCUGUCCGAGGUGCUGGAGACGGGGCAGACGCCGGAGGGGAAGAGCUUCGUGGAGAUGCUCUGCAAGGGGCUGUCGCAGCCCACCAGCAACCUGGUGGCGGGUUGCCUGCAGCUGGGGCCGCUCCUGGAGAGGCGCGACGAGAAACCCGCGGGCUGCGAGGCCCCCCUGGGCGGUCACCCCUUCGGCUACCAAACCCCGGGGCUGCCCAGCCCCCCCUACGGCUCCCUGGAGUCCCACCUGCUGCACCUCAAGCCCCCCACCCACGCCUUCAAGAGCCUGGCCGAGGGUCCCUUCGGGGGACCCCCUGACUGCUCCCCCCCACCGCCGCCCUACGAGGGGCCCCUGACCCCCCCCCUGAGCAUCAGCGGCAACUUCUCCCUGAAGCAGGACGGCUCCCCGGAGCUGGAGAAGCCCCCCUACCCCUUCGUGGCCCACUACCCCUCGGUGGGCCUGGCCGGGCCCCACGGACACGCCCCCCCCCACUUCCAGGGCUCGGUGCCCCGCUACGAGAUCCCCCUGGAGGUGGGAUACGAGCCCUUCCCCCCCCCCCACGCGGCCGGGCCCCAGCUCGGUGCUCUCUUCAGCGAGUAA